AUGAAAAUUAGAGCAGUCCUACUUUUAUUUUUUAUCUCCUAAGUGUUUGCAGGAACUCUAAUAAAAUCAGAGGCCUGUAUUUGUAAACAAAUUUUAAGUUUAUUGGAUUGUAAUGCAUAAAUAGAUUGCUAAUGGAACAGCACAUCAGCUUUAUGCGAGACCCGUAAAUCAACUGAUAUUGAAUCUUAUUGUUCUUAAAGCAAUACCUGUCCUGUUACAGGUUGUGCAUUCUAUAAUAAAAAGUGCAAGCCAUUUAGUGGUUGUACAGUUUAUACAGCUGCAACACAUAUUGAUUGUCAAGCUAUCUCACCCUUAUGUACUAGCGAUGGAGAAAAAUGUAUAAAUAUAAGUACAGUUUGUGAUGAUUAUCUUGUUUAAACUGCAUGUGAAAUUAAUACUUAACAGUUUCCUUGUUUUUGGGAUAUUGAAAAUAAAAAAUGUUAAGAAAUAUCUGCAUGCAAUUAAUUUCCAACUACCUAUGAUUCCCAUCAAAAAUGUAAUAUGAUGGGUAAUGAUAAAUCAUUAUAAUGCACUGUCAAAGAAACUGGCGGUUGUACAAAUAUUGAGGAUGAUUGUACUAAGUAAACAGAAAAAGGUUGUAUUAUUAAUACUUUGGGUAAUUCAUGUUUUUGGGAUAAUGGAUCAUGCAAAGAAAAAAAUUGUACAAAUGCUCCUUCAAGUUAUAACACUUAAGCAUAAUGUGAGUUAUUUUUAGGAUCAUGCUCAGUGAAUGAAAAUCUGCAAGGUUGUAUGGAUAGUCCCUAAACAUGUGAAAAUUAUACAAAAGAAAGUUAAUGUAUUUCUGUGAAUGGAACAAUCUGUUUUUGGUUUUCUAUAACAUGUAUUGAAGGUUAAGAGAAUUGUACUGCUAGUUCAGGAUGUAAAACAUGGGUAUGUGAAAAUGCUUUAAGUACUACAAAUACUGAUUAAUUAUGUUCUCAAUUUAAAAGUGAAUGCACUGUGAAUGCCACAAAUAGUGGUUGUAUUAAGAGAAUGAGUACAUGUACUGGAUAUACUACAGAAAAUUAAUGUUUAAAAACAUUAGAUGAAACUCAAAUAUGUUAUUGGAAUGGUACAAGUUGUGUAAAUAAGAAUUGUACAAAUGCUGUUUUGGCAAUCUACUCUGAAUAAACAUGUAGUAGAUUUAUACCAAUAUGCACAUUAGUGAAUGAUAAAUGUGGAGUAAGAUCUUGUAGCACAUAUAAAACAGAAUAAUUAUGUAGUGUAGAUUAUUAAAAUUAAUAAUGUGUUUGGAGUGGAUCUUGUGUUGUCAGAACAUGUUAAAAUGCAAAUGAUGAAUAUAAUACUCAUAAUGAAUGCUAGGAUUGGUUAAAAAUUUGUACAGUAUAAAAAGAUUUAGCAGGUUGUUAAAUUUAAGAAUUAAAUUGUAGUAAUUACUUAAAAUAAGAAUAAUGUUAUAUGGCCAAUAAUAAUACUAUUUUCUGUUUAUGGGUAAACAAUAAAUGUAUUUAAAAAACAUGUCUUACAGCUAAUUCAUUAAUUUCAUCUGAUGAUGAAUGUAAUUAUUAUUUAAAUGGAUGUAUGAUAAAUAAUAAUAGAGCUGGUUGUGUUGCUAGAAAAGUUAAUUGUAGUGAUUUAUUACAGUUUUAAUGUACUUUCACAAUUACAGGUUAAUAAUGUUUUUGGAAUGGUACAAAUUGUGUAAAUAGAUUAUGUACUCAUGCUAAUUUUAAUACUUUUAAGGCUUGUUCAACAUUCUUACAAACUUGUACUGUUAGUUACACAGGUACAAAUUUUAAUGGGUGUGUAGAUAAAUUUAAUUUAUGUUCAAAUUAUGAGUAUGAAUAAAAUUGCAUAGAGAGUAUAACAGAAGGAAAAUGUAUUUGGAAUAAAAAAGCAUCUCCUAAUGCAUGUUAAGUAAGAACUUGUUCUAAUUCUGAUUAAACUACAAGUGAUGCAGCUUGUAAUAAUCAUCUUGAUACAUGCACAGUUAAUAUUGCUAAAACUGGAUGUAUAGAGAGAAAUGAUAAAUGCACUUAAUAUACAAGUUAAAUUAAUUGCAUUAAAAAUAAAACUGGUGGAGAAUGUUUAUGGUAUAAUAAUGCAUGCACUGAUAAAACAUGUGAUAAAGCUGAUAAAAUAUUUACAACACAUGAAGCUUGUUAAUUUUACAGUAAAAAAUGCACUACCAAUGGAAAAGGAUGCAUAGAUAUUGAUUCAUGUAGUUCAUAUAACUUAAAAUCAGGAUGUGUAAUCGAUAAAAAUAAAUAAGAUUGUGCAUUUUAACCUAGUUGUAAUGUAUUAUAAUGUAGUGAUGCACCUUAAUCAUAUUCAACAGAUGAAGAAUGUAGAAAGUUCAAAAUAGAAUGCACAACAAAUGGAAGAGGUUGUGUUAUUAGAACAACAUGUACAGAUGCAUAUCUUUAAUAAGCAUGUGUUACUGAUUCAUAAAAUAAUAAAUGUGCAUGGAUUAAUAAUAGAUGUGUAAAUUUUGGAUGUAAUAGUGCUCCAAGCAAAUAUGUAACAGAAAAGGAAUGUUAACUUUAUAAAUAAGGUUGUACAGUAAAUCAAUCAGGUGGUUGUAUAUAGAAAGGAAGUUGUAAAGAUGCUAAAAUAUAGGCAGCAUGUACAAGUGAUAAAGAUGGUAAUGAAUGUGAAUUUUCUGCUGCAGGUUGUAGAGAUAAGGUUUGUAGUGAUUACACAUUUACAACUCACAAAGAAUGUUAAACGGCUAAAAGUACAUGUACAACUGAUGGUAUUAAAUGUGUAAAUUAACAAAAUUGUGAAUUGAAAACUAAGAGUGGAUGUUUUUAUGGAAUUAAUGGACCUUGUUUAUGGAUUAGGGAUGCAUGUUAUGCUUAUACAUCAUGUCAAUCACUUUCAUUUCUAGAUCAUACUGAAUGUUAUUCUUUUAGUAAUGAAUGUACUACUGAUGGAUAAUCUUGUGUAGCAAUAGAUAAAUGUAGUAAUUUACCUAUUUAAAGUUGUUUUUAUGGAACUGAUGGUAGAUGUGUAUUUACACCUGAAACUUUAAAUGGAGAAGGUAAAUGUAAAGUAUAUGAUGGAUGCAAAUCUGCAUUCUAUAAUACACAUAUCUAAUGUUAAAAUGUUGAUCCCACUUGUACAACCGAUGAAACUAGUUGUAUUGAUUUAUAAGAUUGUUCUUCAUAUACAAAAUCAAGUAAUUGUAUUAUUGAUACUAAAAGAAAUAAAUGCUAUUAUGAUGAUAAAGAAAAGAAAUGUAUCUUAUUAGAAUGUAAACAUUUAACUCUUAUAACUCAUUAAGAAUGUUAUGAUUAAUUAUCAACUUGUACUUCAGAUAAUACAAAAUGUAUAAAUAUUGCUAAGUGUGAAACAUAUACUAAAGAGUAUUGCAAUACUUCUUUAGGAACUGAUGGAAAAUGUUUAUAUGAUCCUAAUAUUAUCAAAUGUCGUUAAGCAUUAUGUACAGAAUUAAAUGAUAAUUGUUCUUCAAUAUCUAAUUGUGUUGAUAGUGGUAUCGGUUGUGUCAUUAAAGCCACUUGUGAUAAAUAUCUAACUGAAACAGCAUGUUUAUAAGGUGGAACUGAUGGUUUAUGUGUAUGGUAUUUAAAUAAUGGUGAAGGAGCAUGUAAAUUAAUGACUAACUGUUCUGAUGGCUCAUCUAAUAAAGAUACUUGUCUUUAAAAAUCAUGGAAUUGUUAAUGGACUGAAAGUGCAUCUAAAUCUGUUUGUGUUUAACACACUUGCUCAUCCAAAUUUAAAGAAACUGGCCUUUGUUAACCUAUUUUAGAUUUUGAUCAAAAAAACUUUGAAUUAUGUGCAUUGACUAGUUCUUAAUGUAUUUCUAUGGAAUUUCCUUCAUUAACAGAAGGUAAUUGCUUUUAAGCAACAGCUUUUACUUAUACAUGGGAUUCUACUCAUUAAAAAUGCUUAAAAUGUGGUACAACAUUUACAAAUAAUACUAAUAAUCAAAGUAAUAAUUCUAACAAUCAAACCAAUACAACUGAUUCAAGUAGCGAAUCCAUUUUAUAAUUUAAAUUCAUAAUAAUGAUUAUUAGUAUAUAUAUAUGA